UUGUAAUAUCAUCUGUUGGUACCACAUCUUAGGUCUGGUUGGGUGGGAUACAUAACACUGGUCAACAGUGAUCUAAAUCGAUGGCUGCUAACCAUAUCAGAUUUACAGUUCGGUAACCCGUUUAUUUUGUCUCCAUUUCAGUGACAGAACAUAUGAGGUUAUGGAGAUGAUUUUAUACUACAUUCUAGUGGAGUGACUGUCUGUAGGGCACCCUUUGGGCAAAUGCCAGCACUGAUUAAUUGGCUAUACUUGAAAGAAAAAAAAUAUAAAAAAAUUAAAAAGCCUGCUUCGGUAAUUCGCCAGUUCAACCAGUCCGACUUGUAACCAGCCGGUUCAUAGUCCGACCUAUCUGUGGUUUUCCAGUAUGGUUGAAGUAUGUUCCUGGUAUGAGCUUCAGAACUGAUAAUGAGUAUGGUGCACAAGGGAAGUCACUUGGACCCCCUAGAAAAGCAUACAUGAAUUGGGCCGCAAAAAUGGAAGUCGGACUGAACACAUGCGUCCCGUGGUCAAUGUGCAAGGAAGAGGAUGCACCUGACCCCGUGGUUCGCUCCAAUCCCCUCAUCAGCUUUCUAUCAUUUAGGGCUGGUUAUCCCUGCACCAGUAUGCUAACAGGCUUGCAUCUUGUUUGGCAACUAAGGUCUUGUAAAUAUAUUCUCAACACACUUAUGCAGAGUUUUCAAAAUAAGGGCUUGCUUUGUUGCUCCUUCUGUCACAUGUUCGAUGAAAGGGUUCAAGGAUGUAUUAUGCUUCUACUUGAGCUAUUGCGAACGCGAGAAGCGAUGUCUCACCAAAUUUUCAUGUUUGAGGUAAUAUUUUUGAUAGUAGACUUAUUUUUUUUUCCCAUUUCAUUGCUAAUAGCUCUUUGUUUUCUCGCACGUAGGUGCUACCAAGGAAGCAGAUGUCUAACAAGAUUUUUAUGCAUAGGUAAAUUCUUCAUUGAAAAGUUGAACUUAGUUAUCAAGGAGCUCGUUAAGGAAAAUGAUGAAGAAAAAGAAAGGCUAAAUGGAAUUAUUGCCGGGUUGUUGGCUGAAAAAGAAAAAGAUAAGGUGGAUAACGAUGCUAUGCUCGAUACGAUGUCACAAAUUGAAGCUGUUUACAAAUACAAUUUGAAGAUAGGCUACAAACAUUUGGUUUUAAAUGUUUCGAUGUUUAUCGUAUUAGGAUUUUUUAGUUAUUUGAUGUUUUAG